GCGCUUUUCCAUUCACCAGAUCAUCAAACGUUUGCUGCUCGAUCGGACGCGCUUCAAAGUGAGAUAAACUAAAAUCGCGGGCCGUAUGUUAUUCCAUUCUAUUCCGCCGCAUAAGCCAUCUAAGGACAACACCGGAUGAUCGUGUGAAAAAUCGCAUCGGCUGAAGUGUAGUUAGCCGGUAAUCGAUGUGAUCAAAGGUGCAACGUCUCUUACUGAUUAAAUUGAACAUUCGUUGCUGCGCAUUUGUGAAAUAGUGGAACAAGUGAUCUUGAACAUAUCGUUUAGGGGCACGUCUCUAUGAUACGUAGAAAAGUGGUUUGCGCUUAAACUUACUUCGAAAAACUUGGAUUGCCGUUAGCUAAAAAAAUAUCCCAAGAUGAAGUCACUAUCGUUGGUUCUAACAACAUUGCUGAGUCUACUGUUGCUGACAGAGCUGACUCUGGCAUCGCCGGUGCUGCUCGACAAGUUGUUUGGGUUUGCCGCCUACCAACCGAGCAAUUCCGGUUACGGGUAUGGAGGUAACCAAUACGGGUACUACGGUGCAGGUGGAAGUGGUGCAGCCAGUACAACCCAUAACCGCAAACCGAAGGGUCGGUCGUACAAAGAAAUCUGCCGGGUAGUGAACCCUACACCAUAUGCUUUGCCCGGUAGAGUCCCAUUCCCUGCGGCUCCAUUUUGUCCAUACUAGUUGUUAAGAAUAUAGUGUGAAUAAAUAUUCAUCCGUGCGUUCCUUUCAAGCGUGAAAAUCGCUUUGAUAUUAGUCAUAAAAAGAUCAUAACUUUGAGUUGCAUUUUAGUAAUAAGAUUCAAAUAAAUUGGAAAAUUUGAAAACGUAUUGAUAAGAUUGGAAUAAAGGUGAAGAAUAUUCUAUGAAUAAGAGUAAA